AUGAAGUGUGCGCGUGUGUUGGCGCUGGCUGCCCUGGUCACGGCGAUGCCGGCGGAGGAACUGUUGCCGGAGUCAGUCAUGGAGCCGCCUACCCUGCCAGACGCAGCAGGCGACGGCGCAGCAGCAGCAGCAGCAGCAGCAGGAGGCUAUCGUGGUGUUCCCAUCGUCAAAGCCCGUCAACAGUACCCGAGGCAUAAGCGGAGUCUACAGUUUGAUGGAUGGUAUCCCAUGGAUGUUAGCAAUCCUAUGGCAGAUGAUCCUACAGUAGGGUACCAGCCUCCUCCACUCGAGAGAGUCCACUUCAGUAAUGAACCCGUUCCGAAGAAACCUAUGUAUCCUGUUAGACCCGAAAAUCCGCCUGUAUUUGUAGUAAGGGCAGAACCACGACACCCGGAGUACCACUCUGUCUAUGGCACUGAGAACAUCGAGUACUUCCACAUCCACCCACAGACCAACAUUGUCAGAGCUUUCCGCGCUCCUUCACAGAGCGUCGGGGCAAUCCGUUUUGUUCCUGCAAUGCAGUUGGAACACUCUAGUCAAAGUUCGAGCUCCAGACCUCAGACUGAUGCCUUAGAAGUUUCCUCCAAAAAUCCAGGAAACAAUGUGCACUUGAACAGAAAUUUCAAUCCCCAGAGAAUCCCUUCUAAGGACUCUGGAUUUGCGGAUAAGUCAGAUAUAUUUGAUGCUUACGCCAAUCAUCAGCUUCCCAACGAGUCCCCGCACCUUGACACCAAUGACGACUACGAUAUGGAAGGCGCCUUCUCCGAAAUACGCUCAACCACGGUAGAGCGACCAAGUCAUGUCUUUCCCUUCAGCCGCAGGGAUCGCAAUUCUGGAUCUGGUAAACAAAAUGCUCAUAGUUAUCGAUACCGACUCGAUCCCCCGAUUAGGCGACUAAACCAAUCAAGGGAUCAAGAGUCUAAGACCACCCGGCCAGCCCUGCACGAGUUACUGGGUAACCUCCCUCAAGAGUCUCAGAUCGAGGAGGCGCCAUAUCUAGGAUCAGCAACGGAUUCUGCCGGAGCAUCUUUUAUUCGAAAAAUUCCACCACCAGACUUUCGUUACUCACCUCGAGGAAACACAAAGCAGCGUCAGUCGGGGAACAACACGCGAUCCCGCCCUAGAGGAUCACCACAAAGACAAGCCCCUGCGAACUCCACCCAGUCCUUCACUCGCCCCUGGUUCCUUAUAGAUACACGAUCUGAUACAUCAGAGAGGAAACGUGAGCCUUCCAUUGCUUCUUAUAUCCAUCCUGAGACUCGCUCAGAUGGUGAGAAGGUUCACUACAAACCUCUCGGUCCUGUUUCUUAUGUAUCCAAGGAAGGGGACAGUCAGGCGAGUGAUCAUAUUCCCAAUCCUCACCUUGAUGACCACAUGAACUCUUACAAGCCCACCCUUACCGCUAACUCUCUCUCCGAACUCCUCCAGAUAUUCCGCUUCACUCAAGUCACAGAUGGUCCAGAUGGUGAGGAGGCAACAGAUGAACCAGUUACUGUUGUUCGAGAGUUCCGCUACACAAGGCCCACAGAGGAACCACCGCCAUCCUCCUCAACAGAAGCAACAACCAUUCAGAAUAUCCUUCUUACCAGUUAUAGAUACACGUCUUCAACUCCUAGUUACAAUGAAACGACAACAGAGGCUGAAGCCACAGAGAAGCCCCAGGGUGGGGACUUCGACGCCGUGGCUGACACAAACUCCCUGGAUGGAUAUCUCUUCUCAGAUUCCGAGGCCAGUCCAGAAUACGCCCAUCCACAGGUACGGCCGAACGUGGUGAUCACUGAAGUCAAAGACAAAAUCACCGCUAAAGGAGUAACUAAGGCAACUUCGAGAGUUAGUGUCCAAGCCAGCACAAACACCCACGUUUACGAAGAGAGCCCUGUAACUCCUGAAACUUUCAAAGGUCUAGAAAUUAUAUAUCCAGGAGGACCAUCUGGACCACCUUCUAAAGAAACCACCGAAGCCUCUUGGCCACUCUAUAUUAUUCAUCAAGGUCACUCUAAGGUCAGAGUCUUUGGGAUUAAUUCAGCUGAAGAUAAAAGUCUGGGAAACCCUGACUACAGAGAGCUGUUUGUACUUUCAACUUUAGAGCCCUUGCCAAGUAGUGGUGUAUUUCUUUCUAGCAAUGCAACUGUUGAUGUUCCGCUUGCAACACCAUCACUUACUUCUACUUCGCUCACAACUACUGCAAUUCCUUCAGCCACUUUCUCCUCCACUACCACUUCUUCCAGUACGUCUACCAGCACCUCUGCCACUACCAUUCCAAUCACAACUGAUCCGGCAUCAACUUCCACAGUUACCAUCUUCACCGAUCCUACUUCUUCACCCUUUCCAGUAGAGGAUACUAGCACUAUUCCAGUCACCACUGAGGAAACCACAACCACUGUACCUAGCACUCCUAUAACUGAGCAAGAUCUUGUACUACAAAACACAACAGCAGGUGAAUAUGAGAACUAUUACACUGACGAGGAGGAGUACGACGUCCCUGAACUAGCUUUUGGCGAAGACUACCAAUCUAAAGGAGAUACAAGACCCACACUCUUGCUUCAAAAUCCUGCUCAGACUUCCCUCUCGGAACAGAGUUUCUCACCACCUCCACUCCUAGUAGAGGGGGAGCCAGAUGCUCUGCCAAGUGCUACGACUUUCUCGCGUGUCUUGCAAGACCGUCUUCCACGGCUAAAGCACCGUAAGCAGCGGGAAGAACCCCAUUUGGUAGGCACCGAUGCGGCUGUACCCUUGCCCCCUGCCGCUGGCCUCACCCGAGCCGAGCUCACGGUGGCGAGACCAGUCUUUUUCACCAAGCGGCUGGCAGAAACCACCGAGGAGCGAGCACAGCUCUCCCAGCCCUUCGAAUACUUGUCGCAGCUACGGAACCUUCAGUCGGACCAGCGGACAAAUCCUGUCAGCCGCUCGGACGACAAGCCCAUCCCUCAGCCCAGAAUGAAGCGGGUCACGGAAGCAGCUCCCAAGGCGUGACUGUGAUCAUCCAACCUUUUUAGCUUAAUAUGAUGCAUAAGCGAAUAAUUAUGCAUGAGGACUAGAUUCUCCUUCAAGCACACGAGGGAGGUCCAGGUCCUCCCUGUUACCACAAGGGUGGCCCAGGUCCCCCCUGUAAACACAAAGGUGGCCCAGGUCCCCCCCUGUUAACACAAGGAUGGCCCAGGUCCCCCCUGUUAACACAAGGAUGGCCCAGGUCCCUCCUGUUAACACAAGGAUGGCCCAGGUCCCCCCUGUUAACACAAGGGUGGCCCAGGUCCCCCCUGAUAACACAAGGGUGGCCCAGGUCCCCCUGUUAACACAAGGAUGGCCCAGGCCCCCCCUGCUAACACAAGGAUGGCCCAGGUCCCCCCUGCUAACACAAAGAUGGCCCAGGUCCCCCCUGUUAACACAAGGAUGGCCCAGGUCCCCCCUGUUAACACAAGGAUGGCCCAGGUCCCCCCUGUUAACACAAGGAUGGCCCAGGUCCCCCCCUGUUAACACAAGGAUGGCCCAGGUCCCCCCCUGUUAACACAAGGAUGGCCCAGGUCCCCCCCUGUUAACACAAGGAUGGCCCAGGUCCCCCCUGUUAACACAAGGAUGGCCCAGGUCCCCCCUGUUAACACAAGGAUGGCCCAGGUCCCCCCUGUUAACACAAGGAUGGCCCAGGUCCCCCCUGUUAACACAAGGAUGGCCCAGGUCCCCCCUGUUAACACAAGGAUGGCCCAGGUCCCCCCUGUUAACACAAGGAUGGCCCAGGUCCCCCCCUGUUAACACAAGGAUGGCCCAGGUCCCCCCUGUUAACACAAGGAUGGCCCAGGUCCCCCCUGUUAACACAAGGAUGGCCCAGGUCCCCCCUGUUAACACAAGGAUGGCCCAGGUCCCCCCUGUUAACACAAGGAUGGCCCAGGUCCCCCCUGUUAACACAAGGAUGGCCCAGGUCCCCCCUGUUAACACAAGGAUGGCCCAGGUCCCCCCUGUUAACACAAGGAUGGCCCAGGUCCCCCCUGUUAACACAAGGAUGGCCCAGGUCCCCCCUGUUAACACAAGGAUGGCCCAGGUCCCCCCUGUUAACACAAGGAUGGCCCAGGUCCCCCCUGUUAACACAAGGAUGGCCCAGGUCCCCCCUGUUAACACAAGGAUGGCCCAGGUCCCCCCUGUUAACACAAGGAUGGCCCAGGUCCCCCCUGUUAACACAAGGAUGGCCCAGGUCCCCCCUGUUAACACAAGGGUGGCCCAGGUCCCCCUGUUAACACAAGGAUGGCCCAGGUCCCCCUGUUAACACAAGGGUGGCCCAGGUCCCCCUGUUAACACAAGGAUGGCCCAGGUCCCCCCUGUUAACACAAGGAUGGCCCAGGUCCCCCUGUUAACACAAGGAUGGCCCAGGUCCCCCCUGUUAACACAAGGAUGGCCCAGGUCCCCCCUGUUAACACAAGGAUGGCCCAGGUCCCCCCUGUUAACACAAGGAUGGCCCAGGUCCCCCUGUUAACACAAGGAUGGCCCAGGUCCCCCCUGUUAACACAAGGAUGGCCCAGGUCCCCCUGUUAACACAAGGAUGGCCCAGGUCCCCCCUGUUAACACAAGGAUGGCCCAGGUCCCCCUGUUAACACAAGGAUGGCCCAGGUCCCCCUGUUAACACAAGGAUGGCCCAGGUCCCCCCCUGUUAACACAAGGAUGGCCCAGGUCCCCCCUGUUAACACAAGGAUGGCCCAGGUCCCCCCUGUUAACACAAGGAUGGCCCAGGUCCCCCCUGUUAACACAAGGAUGGCCCAGGUCCCCCUGUUAACACAAGGAUGGCCCAGGUCCCCCCUGUUAACACAAGGAUGGCCCAGGUCCCCCCCUGUUAACACAAGGAUGGCCCAGGUCCCCCCUGUUAACACAAGGAUGGCCCAGGUCCCCCUGUUAACACAAGGAUGGCCUAGGUCCCCCUGUUAACACAAGGAUGGCCCAGGUCCCCCCUGUUAACACAAGGAUGGCCCAGGUCCCCCCUGUUAACACAAGGAUGGCCCAGGUCCCCCCUGUUAACACAAGGAUGGCCCAGGUCUUCUUGCUCACAUAUAAAAACAAUUCCACAAAGUACAUGCAAUGAUAGCUAUUUAUAUCCCCUUUUUUUGCCAAGUCUUAACCACAGACAACUUCCAAAGAUAAAUUAAAUAUUGCUUCAAGUUUCUUGUCUUAGAGUAAGAAGUGACACAGUAUAUAAUACAACAAUUUAUGUAUUAGAUUUAUAUAUAUAAAUAAUAUAUUAUUUUUAUAAAUUAUAAUGUUGAAGGGCUCCUUAGUUCAUUAUAGAUCUUUUUCUCAGUGAAAGAUAUCACUUUAAAAACAGGUCCCAUAGAAAGCCUAAAACGCUCUGGGCUGGGAAAAUACAAGGUUUAGAGUCGUGUAAACCCACCUGGAGCAUAACUGGAUAAGGUCUCGGGAGUUUCACGAAGUUUCAUAAUGUCAAGUUUCAUGAUGAAACACCACAACGAGUGUUUCAUCACAACGGCCGGCUGGGACCUGUUGCUCUAUCACUCGUUACCCCCCAGUUGUUGAUGGCGCGGGGCUCUUAUAUAAUAGACAUUAGACCAUGUCUAUAUAAUAAACAUGUCUUGUGUUGGUGCUGGCAACCCAGGAUGUACGUUCCUGUAGUACAAGAUAAACAUUAGUCGCUGGUGACAGUCCAACCUACGAUAUUCCCCACAUAAUCAAUACACUUUAUACGUAUUGUAACUCCACACACAGUAUUUCCGAAUAAAGCUAACUUGAUAGGCUCUCCGGCGGUGGGUGAGUAGACCCAGUGUUUUGGUCGGCCUUGGCACCGAAAGGUUAAAGUCAUUGGGGCCGACUUCGACCCACCUCGUGGCCGACUUCGACCCCGCGCAUGACCUUCCACCAAUUUCGUAGGGGGUGGCCAUGGCAGUCGACUCCCUCUUAAUGUGAUCAAUGCGGCCGACCCGCCUAUAACAGUCUCUUGCCCCCUUACUGUUUACCCUGCAAAACUGGGUGAGAUUAGCCCUAAGCGUCUAACCUCUCACUUUAGACAGAUAGACAGACAUUCUCACCUACAGAUCACAACUGAACAUGCGGGUAAAUAGGGGAUAAAAGAGUAAAUAAACAUAUUGAUACGUUACGACUCUAAGGCUCUAAGGUGACGCCCUGCCAACCCAGUUCUACGGCUCUGUAGUUUGUCUGUCCAUGACUCUCACGUGUAGGUUUAACCAUCAAUGUAAAUAUUAUAGCAUUCAAGAGGCUUGUUACAAACAUAUAAAUAUAUUCAAUAGUUUCCUUGGAUCUGUCAUGCAUAAGGACUGUAACUGUUACAGGAUGUGAUCCAAGAUGUAAUCUGAGUAACGUCAAAAGUUACUUGGCUUUUGAUAACUAGCCUUUUAUCAUUAUAUAUAAGUUAGCAACAUUGCAUCACUAUAUAUAAGAACAGGUUUGCCAGUUGUAUAUAUAUACAGAAGACAAACCUACACUAAGACUGGCAAUACAGCAUGAAACAGGUGUGGCAGGAGUUCGUUGUAUGAGGUCAGGUGUCAGAUGCUGUCACAACUGUUUCUGCACACUGUUGUAGUGUCGGUUUGUGUUCAUGAUAAGUCAAUAUAUUUUUAAGUAAUAAAUCAGUGUCUGUGUAGAUGAGGGAUGUGUAUAUGAUGAUGUAUAUGUGUAUGGUGAUGUUGUUUUAGCCUGAUGUUGUGAGGCUAUUGUGUGUGAGGCUGCUGUUCGGAGACCUUUGUUGUGAGGCUGCUGUGUGAAGCUGCUGUGUGAAGUUGCUGUGUGAGGCUGCUGUGUGAGGCUGCUGUGUGAGGCUGCUGUGUGAGGCUGCUGUGUGAGGCUGCUCUGUGAGACCGUUGUGUGAGACCGUUGCUGUGAAGGGUAAUGUCAUCACAAUGUACAGUUCUGAACACUGCACUUGUACAUAGUUCAUCUAGCUCAGUGGUAGUUCCUGGAGGCCUAUUUCUACAUAAAAAUAAAUCUCCGGUAGAUCAUUAAUUGGCUACACUUUCCUACAGACCUUUCUACAACGAUAAAAUAAAAAUCUGUUUAGAUAAAUCAGCUUCCCUAGAACUUCUGGUAUACAAAACAAUGUGGUUUAUGCGCCCAGAUAUACGAGUUGUGGGAGAGCAAUGGUCACUGCAGAGAGGAUUUACUGUACGGUGACAAUGGGUACUUACUUUAUACUCUGGUAUCCCUUUCAGUUUCCCUAUGAAAAAUUAAAUAGCUGUAUACGAUGUCAAGUUCUUAUUCAUCAACGUAUGUCAUGUUAUGUCAACUUCUUGUAAAUGACCAAGUUAGACAAAAUUCGUUUUCAUUUAGUGCAAUUCCUAAACCUGUAAGUGUGAUAAAAUCAGGCAGGCCAUGACUGGAUCAGGCAGUCUAUGACUGGUGCAACCAGCCACAAAAUUACCCACAACUGUAUCUUUGUAUAAUUUGUACAUAUAAUUUAUUCUUAUUAAGUCUCCAGUUGCAUUUCUUAUCGCGUAUCUCGUAUAAUUAUGAUUAUAUUGUAAUAUCUAUUGUAAUAUUACACUUUAUGCUGUAAUAUGAUAUAAUUAUACUUUUUGCUGUUAUAUCUGUUAUAAUUAUACUUUAUGCUGUAAUAUCUUGUAUAAUUUUGACUGUACUGUAUGCUGUAAUAUUUUAUAUAAUUAUCAUUAAACAAUGCGCGUUCCGUAAGCCCGGUGACAACUUCUUGCAUUUGUACAUUUGUCUGUUAUCGUGAUGUUUAUUGUAUUUCUGUCUCUUAGGGGUGGAAUAAACGUGACUAAACGCA